AUGACUUCCCAUCAUGCUUUUCCUGUUGGGAGAACAAGCCAGACUAGACAAGCAUCUGGAGCAACAACUGGAAGCAGCAAACCAUCUGCUGGCCAAGAUGAGAAGAAGAACAACGUGCCGGAGGACUUCGACAUCGACAUGAAGGACCCCGAGACGGAGAAGGCUGCCGUCGCCAUCCAGUCGCAGUUUAGGAAAUUCCAGAAAAAGAAGCAGGAUGUGCCGUCGUAG